AUUCACCUUGCUGAGCACUCUCAGUCUAGGUUUUAGUUUGGGUGUUUUUUAAUUUUAGGGCGAUGGGUUACCUUGGGGAUGAGGUAGCUGCGCGGUUUGGGUUCUGUUGCUUGAAUUUAGGAUUUUUGUUGUUUGUUUUGUUGCCUAAAUAGUUUGUUUGGAUCUCUCGCUGUAUCUUAGGUUGUAGCUACCAUUCGGCUUGGGCCUUUUCACUCCUUUUAUCUCUCUUUGCUUAUUUCCGAUUUUGUGUUUCGUUUGGACUUAAUCCAUCUAUCACAAUUUGUAAUUUUCCUUUACUUCAAUGAAGUUUACUUUCUGACAAAGAAAAAAGAUACAAUCUUUACAUGCGUAUGCGUGUGAAGGAGAUUAAAUGUAGUUAAUUAAUAAAAAGGGGGCAGGAUAGUGUCGAUGGAAUGGAACUUGGAAGUCUAAAAGGUGCACACAGCAUUUACUAGGGUUUACCAACACCCAACGGCCAUUACUCACCCUUGAGCCCCCAAACCUCCCACUUUUCCCACUCCACUUCCCCCUCCUCUCCCUCCUCCCUCUGCCUUCUCACAAAGCAGAUACCCCCAAAAGCACUUAAAAAAAACAGCAAAAAAAACAGAGAGCAAAAUGUCCAACAAGUCACCAAUCUUUCCGAUGCCACAAACCCAACACUUCAGCGACUAUGGCUUCGACCCCCAAAUCGACUACUUUCAGGUUCUGGAGGACGCAAGGAGGCACAAGCGGGAGACGACGAGAUCCAUAGACUCCGUACACUUCAAGCUCCAAAAACCCAUCUCAAAAGACGACCCCAAAAAGCCCCACCACAAGAAAACCAAGAAGAAGCGCUGGUGGAAAAGCGCUCUGCUUUUCUUCAAAUGGACCAAGCUGACAACCCACCACUACCACCGCGGCCCCGCCGGUGAUGAAGAUGUUCAUCAGGCCAGGGCCAAGGCCUUCCGGGCUUCGAUUUCUGGGCCGGUUUACAUCACUGAGAGCAGAAGCGGGUCGAGCACGCCUUACCGGAGUACUAGCAGGCCGUCGUCGGGACCGCUUGCCGGAACAAUGUCUCCGGCGAGUAAGGAUGAGAUGGGCAUCCCCUACCUGAGCCUGAGGGAGCUUAAUAUGGAGCAGCAGCAACAGAGGAGCUCUACAUCUGCCAUGCCUAUAUAUUUGGUUACUUAAUUAGUAACUUUGGGGUGUUUAAAUUUUAAUUAUAUUGUUGAUCUUUUGGAGAGCCAUAUAUAUUUUAGUAAUUGGUCUUCUUUUGAUUAAUUAAGCGGGAUGCCAAAUGGGGUUGGAUUUGUUUGUCCCUUUCUUUGCUUUUGCAAACUGCAAAAGCGUUUGAUCCUUUGGAGGAAAGCCAGAUCCUCCUUUUGGUGUUUGUUGUUGCUCACUUUGAUUAAGUUGUGAAACUAAUGAAACCUGCUUUGACCGAGCGAUCACUUUCCA